AGGAAUAUUAAAAAAGAGAAAGAUGGAAAGAAUCAGCAGGCAAACAACCCGUCUUUAAAAAGUGAACAGUUUAAUUGGGAUGAUUAUCUGAAAGAGACUGAAUCAGUAGCUGCCCCUCUACAUUGUUUCAGACAGUCUAGAAUUCCACCUACGAAUGAUUUCAAAGUUGGUAUGAAACUGGAAGCCCAUGAUCCGCGCAAUGUUACCUCGGUUUGUAUAGCUACAGUAAUUGGAAUCACUGGUGCCAGGCUAAGGUUGCGGCUGGAUGGAAGUGACAACAAAAAUGAUUUUUGGAGACUUGUGGAUUCUUCAGACAUACAGCCAAUUGGGACCUGUGAAAAGAAAGGGGGCAUGCUCCAGCCUCCGCUUGGGUUCCAGAUGAAUGCGUCUUCUUGGCCAAUGUUUCUCUUAAGAACUCUCAAUGGAGCUGAAAUGGCACCUGCAGCGUUCUUUAAGAAGGAACCACCAAAACCUGUGCCAAACUGCUUUAAAGUUGGAAUGAAGCUUGAAGCUAUAGAUAGAAAGAACCCGUACUUGAUUUGCCCGGCAACCAUUGGAGAUGUUAAAGGAGACGAAGUUUUUGUUACAUUUGAUGGCUGGAGAGGAGCAUUUGACUAUUGGUGCAGAUGUGAUUCUCGAGAUAUUUUCCCAGUCGGAUGGUGUAGCUUGACAGGAGAUGCAUUACAACCACCAGGGAACAAUGUUUCCAUUACAAAGAGCAGUGCAAAAAUCCAAUCUUCCCCUUCCAAAGUGACCCGGCGUUCAAUGCAGUCUCCACAGAAAUCUGCUCCAGCACCAGCGCAGCGGGGCAGGAAACCAGGUCGGGGCAAACCCCCUGGACAGUCUGCAGUUCCCAAGAAGGGCAGGUCUCCUAAAAAUAUUCCCUUGACAAAAAGCACCUCUCAUACUGAAACUCUUAAAACAAGGAAAAAAAGUUUAAAACCUGGAAAAAAGAAAAAAAUCUCGCCGGAACAACUGACUCCUGCAUCCCCUUCUCCUCAUUCUUCUCCGGAGGGAGACAGUGGCACUACACAGAUACUUAAAGAUGGAAUUAAUUUGUCUGGUGCAACUGCAGCAGUUAUAUCCACAGUGUGUGUUUAUGUCAACAAGCAUGGAAAUUCUGGGCCUCACCUGGAUAAGAAGAAGGUUCAGCGGCUUCCAGAUCACUUUGGACCAGGUCCUGUCAAUGUGGUACUUCAGCAGGCUGUACAGGCUUGCGUGGAUUGUGCCUAUCAAUCUAAAACAGUCUUUGGAUUUCUGAAAUCUGGCCAUCAUGGAGGAGAAAUGAUAACUGCUUCCUUUGAUGGGGAGAAGCACGCCAUCAAUCUUCCUUCUGUAAACAGCGCGUCGUUUGUCCUACGCUUCUUGGAGAAACUCUGCCACAGCCUGCAGUGUGAUAAUCUCUUCAGUAGCCAGCCUUUCAGCCCUUACAUGGGAUGCGCACAUAGUCCUACCGAGUAUGAUAGGAACAAACCAGCAAAAGAAGAAAUACCUGAAAACAGGAGUGCUAAACGAUACUCUCAUGACUCUCCACCAUAUACCGCUCCUCUUUCCCCUAAGCUUCCCAGAAAUGAUGCUCAUCCAUCUGAAGCAGAAACGUUACCUAUAGAGGAAAACAGCACUUCCAAAGAACACCGAUUUUCUGAGGACUCUAUGGAUUCUGCACUUAAUUCUGUAAAUCCUUCAAGCCCGACCCGUCGAAAUUCCACAGAAUAUCGUACUUCAGGGAGUGCAGCAUAUUACAGAAAUUCCCUUCAACCAGUGACUGCUACCUCAAAUUCAGCCCCAAUCCUGCGCAGGCUGUCCUUGACCUCUGCUGGGAGCAGUGGUUACUAUGAAGUUAGUAGGAAUCGAAUACAGAGGCGGAUUGAAGCUGCAAGUUCCACAACUGGACCAGAUCUGAAUUCACUGAAAAGGGAACCUUCAAGAAUAUCAAAUAAGGAUCCUUCUACCUGGUCAAUAGAGGAAGUAAUGCGUUUUGUGAAAGAAGCUGAUCCACAGGCACUAGCUCCACAUGCAGAACUCUUUAGGAGACAUGAAAUUGAUGGGAAGGCACUACUCUUACUGAGGAGUGAUAUGAUAAUGAAAUAUAUGGGACUGAAGCUGGGGCCUGCCCUAAAGUUGUGCUACCACAUUGAAAGACUUAAACAAGGAAAGUACUAGCCAGUGGGGAUACCACAAAUAUGUGUGUUCGUAUCACACUAAGCUCUCAGGUUCACAGCCAUCACCUUUAUUCGAAACUAUUUUGCUGAUAUAAAUCAUGUUUAUUUUUUGAAAGUGCUCUCAAAAUGUAAAAGAAAAACAUUCAGGAUAAAGAGGGGG